CAACUCUGUUCAUUCAUUUAAAUGCUUGUAAAACGUUUUAGCCGCGUAUUUUAGAUUUGCUUGCAAGGUUUCGAUUGCAUAUGUUUAAAUUAUCCUUCAUAGUAAACAGAAAAGCGCUAAGAGCAUUCGGCCGGAGUGGCGGCUAUGGACGCGGCACGACGUACAAUGGGUUUAAACGUGGACAAAGUAAAGGCGAAACUCGAUAUAUGCCGGGAGAGUUUAAAGAAAGGCUAUGGCGGCGUCUUUGAUGGAGGCUUCUUGAAUUUAUUUUGCUUUGAUUUUUUUGACUUUUGCCGGACUUUGCACAAGUUUUUAAUAAGGAUUAACGAAGAAGAAGAAGCUCUAGGAGAUGUGUAUUUAUGUUUAACCCAAAUCAUGGUCUGCAUAAAGUACCUGGAAAAAACAAUUCAAUUGGAAAUAAAACGCGUUGUUUCUAUAUCGGCUGCCCGGCAACAUUUUCUAGACCGUUUAUACUGUCGCCUGGACCAUUUGUGGUCAUGUGUUACCUCUCUAAGUAAAAAAGAUUAUGAAAAAGUGGCAAACAUUACAAUAGAAGAAAAUUCAUUUGUCGCGCUUAUGGAUUUUAUAUUAGAACAAAUAAAACCUUAUACCAACUACAAAGACGACGAUUCCAAAUUAUCUACCUCGACAGAAAUCAAUGUGUCCGCUUCAAUGGAACAGGCCGUACUUGUUAGUACACAAAUACGUGGCAGAGUGAAUAUUGUCAUCGGUCAUACUUUGGCUUUUGCUAAUGUGGCUUUGGAAUCUGAUAAAAAAGCUUUAAGUGCUCUAAGCCAAACGGUGUUACGUGAGUGUAUCGCCUGGCAAACGGAGUGUGAAUUAGGUCUUAAGCAACCAAACCAUUACAACGUUAGUAAUUGCCGUGUAAAAGCUAGUUCACUAGAAAAUGCUUUGUAUAAAUUGGAAGAUUUUAUAAAUGAAGCCCUAUUGCGCCUAGUAUAUAGAUGUCUUCUAGAUUUUGAGAAAUUUUCCAUAGAAAAGUUACGUAUUCUUAUGAACCAAUGUGAACCAGAUGAUCCAACUAUAGAUGAAAUAGUAGCUGAUUUUGAUGUCAAUCUAGAUCGAACCACACAAAUCGGGAUUUUUGCGGUCUGCUUUGCUCCCAAUAAACAGAUUGGAACGUUGGUCAGGAAUUGUUUGUCUUCUUUCGAAUCCCUAGAUUCCUGUAUUAUUCCUUCUUUGUACGCAAAGGGCAGCGGUCAGCUUUAUUCGCAAUUAUUAGAGUGUCAUUUCAAAGAAGAGGUUAACAAUUUUAAGACCGCUAUACUCGAGAUUGCCGACAGUCAGGAAUUUACCGUUUGCUUCUAUGACUUACUUAAUCAAUAUCUAAAAGAUAACGAGAAAAACUAUAAUAGCUUGUCGCUGCAAGAGAUUACACAAAUGGGCGAAAUUUUAAAGCAACAUUUCCUUUUACCGAUUAAUCAAAAAGUUUUGUUAAAAAGUGGUAAUUGCUUCCAAUUGUUUAAAAAAUUUUGCUUUAUGUUAAGUGAAUGUCAAGCUAUACUUCAAACUUCCGAACGCGUGGACACGAAAAGGGUUAUGAAACGAUUCAAGAUAUUGCGGUCUAAACUUCACAGAUUAAUUAAGGGUCUAUCUGAUGAUGACAUUAACGACUGCUCAGAAAUGUUUGUGCAUUCUGGAAGGGAAAAUGAAUUAAACUCAACAGGAAUAAAAUCUUCUUUAAGUGUUCUUUCAAAAAGCUACGGAUUCAUUCCUUUAAAUGAAGGAAGGAAAAGUUUAUCACCGGCAAAUCAACAUGCUAAAGAACGUAGAAGAGAAAGUUUGCGCACUGCAAUGUUCAGGCGACAAAAAUCAGCAAAAACUGAGGAAUUAUUUAACAGCUAUAAAAAUUUUUCAGAAAGUUUGCAAAUAACGGAAAUUUUGGAACAGCUUUCGUUUACAAGCAUUGUCCCGGUCUAAUAUCGAUGUUGAUAUUUUGAACAUCUUUUGUUUCUGAAAAUACGUUUAUUAAAUAUAUAUUUUACAGUUACAAGCUUCUUCAAAAUCAUGUGACUAAUACUAUGAGUAUUAUUUCUUAAGAUUAGAAAGUUUAAAUUUAAGUAUAUGCAUGUAAGUUUAUACUAUCACUGAAAUAAAUCUUUUUAAGCAAAGAAAGGGAAAUAUCUUAUCAGGUUGUUCCAAUUGAAUAGAUAAAAUCUUUCAAUCACGAAUUAUGAUGGCUUCCAUAUUUCUAAAUUUAUUAGUUUUGAAAACCUUUUCCGCAAAAAAUACUUUGGCACAGAGUAAAACCAAGGAAAUGAGUAUA